UCCAAUCUAUUAAGACUAAGCUCAUUUGUUUUCUUGAUAGCUUUAAUGGCCUAUCCUACUCUUUUGUCCCUAUCCCUAUUCAUCCUAUGCAACACCCUAGCUUUUGCUAAAGAAGCUCCUCAUCUUGAUGGACUACUACCAAAUGGAGACUUUGAAGUAGGGCCAAAGCCAGCGCACCUGAAUAAAACAGUGAUAAUUGGGAAGUACUCCCUCCCCAAAUGGGUAAUCUCCGGCCUAGUUGAGUACAUUCAUGGUGGGCCUCAGCCGGGCGGGUUCUACUUCGCCGUCCCACGUGGGGCCCACGCUGUGAGGCUCGGAAAUGAGGCUUCGGUAACGCAGUACGUCAGGAAUUUGAAGCCAGGCGCAAGCUACACGCUCACAUUCGGGGCGACCAGGACCUGCGCCCAAGAUGAGGUGCUGAGGGUUGCCGUCCCCGGGCUGUACAGCGAUCUCCCGAUCCAGACGCUGUACAGCACCGACGGAGGGGAUACGUACGCCUGGAGUUUCAGGGCGAAUUCCAGCGUUGUGAAGGUCACAUUCCACAAUCCCGGGAUGCAAGAAGAUCCAACCUGUGGACCUCUCCUCGACUCCAUCGCUAUCAAGGAAAAGCUGCCCCUGAAAUUAACACCAGGGAAUUUGGUGAAGAAUGGAGGCUUCGAGUCAGGCCCCCACGUCUUCAAGAACUACUCCACCGGAAUCCUCAUCCUCCCCAUGCGCCAGGACCUGUGCUCACCGAUCCCCGGAUGGAUCGUCGAGUCACUCAAACCUGUCAAAUACAUUGACUCAAAGCACUUCAACGUGCCAUCGGGACUUGCAGCAAUUGAGUUUGUGGGAGGCAGAGAAACAGCAAUCUCACAAAUUAUUAGAACAGUUGAAAAGAAGUGGUACGAACUCACAUUCACCGUUGGAGAUGCUAAUAAUGGAUGCCACGGGACGAUGACCGUGGAAGCUUUUGCAGGCGGGAAAACUGUAAGUGUUCCGUUCACAUCUCAGGGAAAAGGGUGGUUCAAGAAUGCAAGCCUUGGGUUUGAAGCAGUUUCAAACAGGACAAGGAUUAGAUUCUGGAAUCCAUUUUAUCAUACUAAGAUGUAUGAUUUUGGUCAUAUGUGUGGCCCUGUUAUUGAUAAUGUGAAAGUUGUUCCAGUUGCUUAGCUUAGAAAGGGUCCUAAGAGUGACAAACUACCCAAAACAGCCGUAUUUUACAUUCCUGAGUUCUAUAAAGUGUUUCAUUUCUUUCUGAAUUGUUACAAAAAUUGAUGAUAUCAAUAAAAACUUCAAUUGUUUUGCAA